AUGCCGGAUAUACUUCAAUUGAUAAUCAACCAAACGUCUCCAGACAACAACGUUCGUAAAUCUUCAGAGCUAGAGUUUAAUGAAGUCGUCAAAAGCAAUCCAUCCGAGUCCUCGUAUUUGAUAUUAGAGGCAUCAUUGAACAAUUCAAUUCCUAUUGAUCUUCGUCAAUCAUGCUUACUUCAUUUGAAGAGAUUAGUGCCCAAGUUUUGGUCAUUGGGAUUUUCCUCGUUUAUUGGACCACCAAUUGAUCAAGAAUUGAAGAAAGUUAUCAGGACAAAAUUGUUGGAAUUGGUUUUGGGGUCUGGUAACUCUAAAAUCAGAAAUGGUGCCGCUUAUGCAAUUGUGCAAAUAGCUUCAGUUGAUUACCCCGAUGAAUGGCCCGAUUUGAUUAAUCAAUUGUAUGCUGCCGCUUCUGACUUGAACAAUGAGGAGGCUAUGCUAGGUGGAUUGCAAGUAUUGACAGACUUGGUUGAUGAUUUGAUUACAGAAGAGCAAUUUUGGGAUGGAGGAGUAGGUCUUGGAAUCAACUCCCAUUUGAACCAGAUAUUGCAAAACCCAGGGAUUAACAUUCUGGUCAAGAGUCAAGCAUUGAAGUUGUACGAAAACGUUUUGGCUGUUUUUCAAAGCCCUGAGGCAUUCGCCAAUGCAGCAAGGAAAAAGAUUGUUCUUCGAGAAGUAAGCGGUACAUUGGAGAUCUUGUUAAACUUAAUAAAAUCAGAUGGUGUCAAUUUAAUUCAGUUGGAUUUCAAAAGCAACCUUUUCAAAGUUAUUGGUUCUGUUAUUGGUCACUUUCACCAGAGAAUUUCAAUUGAACUUAAACGGAGUGUGUUGACAGCAACUAUACAGAAUUUGCACUUGUUAGCCCCGGUAUGCAAUAGUAUUGCUCUAAACACUUAUCAUGCCCCUGAGCUUUCGGAGUUGGAUGCACAAGAUGUCCUCAAUGCCCUAAUUUACAACUUGUUCAGCACUAUAUCAAGCACUCAACACGACAUACCAAUCUCAGAGGUGGCUUCCAUCGGUGAGUUUUGUAAAGAUGCUAUCGUGUGUACGGCCUUGGCUAAGGUGAAGGUGGAAGAGUAUGAGGAAGAUAUCAAUCUGUAUGUAAGCGAUGUUACUGGUUUAUCGGUCGAUAUUAUCGCUCGUGAUGCGAUACUAGACUUGUGGAGCGAAUUAAAUGAAACAGAUGCCCGGGGUAUCUGUGCUAUGAUUAUCGAUCUGUUUUCCAGUGAUGAGAGAUUAUUGGAAGCCGAACUUUACACUUUAGAGGGUUUAUUAUCAAAUGAUGCACAGUUACCUGAAGUUCCACUAAGUACACUACUUUCGUUCAUAAAAUACGACAGCAAGAUAGUAACAUCAAGGUGUAUAUUGUUAUUGCCAAAAUACUUUGAAAAUUUUAUGGAAAAGGAAGCACGGAGGGUAUUUGCUGACAUUGUUACGUUUGCGGGAAAGGGUGGCGCCUUGAUUCAAAUAUCCACACUUGUCAGUUGCAGUUAUUUUCAGCAUGUUAUCGAAUUCUCCACACUAGACAGCUCUCUCCAAUUGUCGAUCUUUAAACUUGCAUAUGCAUUGUUGGAUGAAUGUGACGAAGAUGGGCUUCCUGUCUUGUUGGAGGCUAUCGUACUGGGAAUACCAAUUAACCCAAAGCAUGCAGCAGAUCAGCAAAUUGUGGCAGGUGUAAGUGUGGUGGACAUUAUUUUCAAAAUUGCUUUUAAAGAUCCCGCAAAUGUACAAUUGAUAUCAGACUCGUCGGAUUGUUUAACUGCAUUAUUGCAAAACAUAGAUACUCAAGACUACAUCAAUGCAUGUGAAAAGUCGUUACCAUUCAUAUUUGAAAUCAUGGAAAAGAGCAAUGGCGAAUACACUCCACAAUUAUAUUUGAGUUUGGAACUUCUCGGCAUCAUAUUGAAGUCCGCUCCUGGUGAGCUACCACCUCGGAUAUUCGAGUAUGCUUACCCUAUAUUGCGAAAUGUGUUACUCCGAUCGUCAGAUGAUCAAAUACUUCAAAGUGGUGGUGAAGUGUUUGAUGAGUUGAUCCGAAAGGCGUCCAACUUGUUCGUGAACUACAAAGAUCCCUCGAGCGGUAUUUCGGGUCUUGAAUCGAUGAUGCAGAUUGUAUCUAAGUUCUUAUCACCCCAAUUGUCUGAUAGUGCCGCAAAUAAAUGUGGAUUGAUAGUAGCAUCAUUAGUGAACGAGUUUCAAGACUAUUUGUCGCCGCAGCUAUUGACUCAGAUACUUGAAGCAACUGUCAAUAGACUAGUUAUUGCAAAACAAUCCAUCACAAUCGAGAAUUUAAUUAUGGUCUUUUGCCGGUUGGUGCUCAAGUCUCCUGAAGAUACGAUCAACUUUUUAAGCAGUAUGGUCGUAAAUCAAAAAUCGGGAUUGGAAGCUGUAUUGCCAAUUUGGUUCGAGUCAUAUGAAGUUACUAGAGGAUUUGAUCAAAUCAAGCAAAACUCCUUGGCAUUGGCUAAAAUAUUCACCUUGGGCGAUCCAAGAAUAUCUAACUUGGUAGUAAAUGGAGAAAUAAUCCCAUAUGAUGGCGAUAUGAUCAUCACAAGGUCCAUGGCGAAAGCAAUGCCAGAUAGGUAUACCCAAAUAUCUGCCGCAUUAAAGAUUCUAAAACUCUUGGUUGGCGAGUUACAAUUUCAAUGCCAACAACCAAGUGCUGAUGAUUUUGCCAAUGGAGAAGAAAAUAACGAGGUUCAAGCUGACGAUGAUGAAGAAGGUUGGGAGGAUAUGGAUGAUAUAGGAGUGCCAAACUUUGCGAAGUUGAAGUCGUACGUUGAUGACCACAAGGAUAGACCUGAGGAUGAUAGUUUAAAAGCAUUGUUGGUGGAAUUUUUCAGAGAGUGUACCAGUAAGAACUUGGGCAAUUUCAGUCACUAUUACGAGCAGUUGAAUGAUAAUGAGAAGAAGAUUGUUGGUGAGUGUCUCAUAUUUUGA